CAACGAUAAAUGGAAGUAAUGACGACAGCGGUAAAACUCCCAACGAAAGCCUGCAAAGAUGAUGAAAACAUCACUGUCACUCCUCCUGGUGCUCGUAGCUGUGUCUUUUACAUCUGGUAAAUACACGCCGAAGACAGGCAAAAGGAUUCCUAAGACUCUGUCCAGAGGUUGGGGUGACCAGUUGCUCUGGGCUCAGACGUAUGAGGAAGGUCUCUACUGGGCUCGCUCACAAAACAAGCCCUUGAUGGUGCUCUUCCACCUGGAGGACUGUCCACAUUGCCUGGCGCUGAAGAAGGUGCUUUCAGAGGACGAUAACAUCCAAAGAACCCUAGAUGAGGACUUUGUUGUACUCAACCUGGUGUAUGAAACUACGGACAAACACCUCUCUCCAGAUGGACAAUACGUCCCCAGAAUCAUCUUUGUUGACCCUACCAUGACAGUGAGAGCUGACAUUACUGGUCGCUAUGGCAACCGCAUGUACGCUUACGAACCAAAUGACAUCAAACUCUUGGCGAGCAACAUGCAGUUGGCCAAGAAACUCCUCAAGUCUGAGCUGUGAGCGGCAGCCAACGUGUUCCUCCUGAGACGCAUCAACAAUUACAUGUUGUAAAAACCAAGCACUGGGAAGUUACUUUCAUUGUAAUCAUCUUCUUUCUUAUUAUGAUGUUGUCUUUGAAAUAAAUUUGAUUGUGAAAGAGUUUUUAGUUCCAAUUUGAUAUGACGGUACAGCAUAUUAUGAACAAAUUCAAUGUAAAGAGCCAGAAUAUGAGUUCAAUAAUGACGUCAUUUGUCAUUAUUCACUUAAAUAUGUUUAUUAAUCUGUAAAAUUUCCCCGUACUUUACAGUGUAAGUAGCUGGAUUAUCAUCAGUGGAUAUUAA